AUGGAACUGUUGUCAUAUGCUAUUCUACAAGGAGUGCUUACGGGUUUCGUCAUAGACAGUAUUUAUUUGAGCUACAUACCAUAUGCUGUGAUUACUCCUGCGAUAAUUGCCGCAUCAUUUGGGGCCGUCAAUAAAAACGCUCAAGGAAGUAGGAAAGUGUUGCUUGGCGGUACAAUUGGUACUGCAAUUGGAGUGAAUUUUCUGAUAGGGAUGGUAACAGGAAGCCUGUCGUUCAUCUACCUUCUGCUAACGCUCGUUUAUGCUGGCAUUGCUCAUAUCAUUUUGCAGCUUUGUUUAAGGAAUCUUAAAGCCAUGGAUAAAGGCCAUCUCUAUCCAGAACGCACUCAGUUGUGGAUUUAUUGCUGCAAAAGGAAUGUUCUUCAUUAA